GGAAAGGGGUGGGGAGGUUGCAAGGCAUUGCAUUGCUUGCAUUGCCUCAAAGCGCAGGAGGAAGGCGCACACUCGAGCCUCACUGCAAAGCAAGGCCUUAGUACGAAGGUGGAAUGAAAAGGAAUGCCUCCACCUUCCUAACUCAACAGAUGACAGGACUGGUGUGCAGCAGUAUGAAACAUGGCUUCCACCAAGCCUUUGUCCCGGUUCUGGGAGUGGGGAAAGAACAUCAUCUGUGUGGGGCGGAAUUACACCGAUCACGCCAAGGAGAUGAAGAACGCCGUCCCCUCCGAGCCGCUCUUCUUCCUCAAGCCUUCCUCAGCUUACGUCCGGGAAGGUUUCCCCAUCGUCCGGCCCUACUAUUGCCACAAACUGCACCACGAGGUGGAACUAGGGGUGGUGAUGGGGAGGGGGGCCAAGGGGGUGUCCCCGGAGGCGGCCAUGGAGCACGUGGGGGGCUAUGCCCUGUGCUUGGACAUGACCGCCAGGGACACCCAGGAGGAGUGUAAGAAGAAGGGCCUCCCCUGGACCUUGGCCAAAGGCUUCCACACCUCCUGCCCGGUCAGCGACUUCCUCCCCAAAGAAAAGGUUCCCGAUCCGCACCGGUUGAAGCUCUGGCUGAAGGUCAACGGGGAGUUGCGGCAAGAAGGAGAGACGUCCAGCAUGAUCUUCUCCAUCCCGUAUAUCAUCAGCUACAUCAGUGGGAUCGUUCCUCUGGAAGAAGGGGAUGUCAUACUAACGGGGUCACCCAAAGGGGUUUCGGCUGUCGAGGAGAAUGACGAGAUAGAAGCCGGGAUCGAAGGGCUGCUCACCAUGAGGUUUCGAGUUGCCCAGCAAAGAAGCCGGCCCUGAAAGAAUGGUCCAGGACCCAAAGAGAGUUUUGCUCACUGAAUUAUAGGGCAGGCAUGGGCAAACUUUGGCCCUCCAGAUGUUUUGGACUUCAACUCCCACAAUUCCUAACAGCCGGUAGAAAUGUGAGAGUUGAAGUCCAUAACACCUGGAAGGCCAAAGUUUGCCCAUGCCUUGUAUAGGGGGACACCAGCAUCGUCUUUUUCCUGAGUCAUGCAAGGAAAUGAAAGCUGAGCUUCUUCUCAGACCAGUCCACUAGGAUCUUGUCAUUUCAGGUCCAGGGGAUCCCAGGUGAGAUUAUGGCAGUGGCUAAUUAGGCCCUUGGCCAUCCAAUACCCCAAUGGGUAGGGUUGUCCAUGCAAAUUCAAUGGAUAAGGCUGUCCGUGGGAGGUAUUCAACUAUCCAAUGAGUCAAUAGGUAGGGUUAUACAUUGGUUUCAUGGAGAUAUUUAACCACCUAAUGGAUCAAUGAGUAGGGUUGUUCAUGGUUUUAAUGCAGAUAUUCAACCACCUAAUGGAUCGAUGGGUAGGGUUGUCCAUGGGUUUCAUGGAGAUAUUCAGCCACCUAAUGGAUCAAUGGGUAGGGUUGUUCAUGGGUUUCAUGGAGAUAUUCAACCAUAUAAUGGAUCAGUGGGUAGGGUUGUCCAUGGGUUUCAUAGAGAUAUUCAACCAUCUAAUGGAUCAAUGGGUAGAGUUGUCCAUAGUUUCAUGGAGAUGUUAGGAUUGAACUCCAUUUACUUCUGUUUAAGUCAAAACAAACCAAAAGUAUGACAGUGACUCCCCCCCCUGAAAAACACAGCAAAGUGCCUGCAAAAACAACACAGAAUGUUCUAUUAAAUAUUUUUGAUAUGAAAUAAUUUGUCACAAAGUCUGAUGUAACUGAAUACUAAAAUGGUGAAUAAAUAUCUUUGCUUUAAUAGAACAA